AUGGGAGCUGGAAAUACAAAAUUAUCAAAAGAAGAAAUUAAUGAAUUAAUUAAAAAAACAAAUUAUACAAAAGAUCAAAUUGAUAAACUUAGUAAAGAUUAUAAUGAAUACUCAUCAAAAGAUAAAAAAUCUGGUUUUACAGAAUCUGAAUUUAUAGAUUUCUUUUAUUGUCGUUUCAGAGAUUGGGAUAAAGAUUUAUUAAUACAAUUAUUUAAAUUAUUUGAUACUGAUUGUAAUGGAAUAUUAGAUUUUAAAGAAUUUGUAACAUCAUUAUAUAUUAUGACAAAAGCACCAGUUGUUGAAAAAUUAAGUCUUUUAUUUGAUUUAUUUGAUAAAGAUCAAAGUGGUCAUCUUGAAGUUGAUGAAGUUGAAAAAUUAAUUGGAGUUGCAGUUGCAUGUGGUACAUCAUUGGGUAUGGAUUAUAGUGGUGUAACAAAUUAUGUAUUUUCAAUUUGUUCAGCUGAAAAUAUGUCAAAUAAAAAAAAAGGAAUGAAUAAAGAAGAAUUUAUUAAAGCUGCUUCAAAUUCUGAUAAAUUUUGUAAAAUGAUUUGUUUUUAUGAUUCAAUGGGUCAAAUGUUAUAUUAA